AUGUUUAGGUAUCAACGAGAUUGGCGGUUCCAUAAGAGCGAAGGAAACUGGUUGACACGAUCGCAAUAUGGUGGUGUUAAAGAGCAAACGGGGUCUUACGAGAAGGGCCAAUACAAUGUAUUUGACCCAUUACAGUGGCGCAAGAUCCCGAAGGAGCUGAAGUUGGAGUACAAAGAACUGGAGGAGCGACCGAAAUUGCCAGCGAUGUUCGGCGGUGGCGGAGGAGCAGCGGCAGCGUCGAUGGGUACGUCGGCUCCGCGUCCGGCGUCAUAG